AGAACCGUCUGGUCGGAAUCAUCGUAUGCAUAUGGUGCCAUUUGUAUUUGUUAUCGUUGGUGUUACGCGGAUGGUGCUGUGGGUGCUGGUCUCGGUAUAGUCUCUCCCGCGGUGCGAAGCGCAGGAUGGGCAACCAGGUGGCACGCGUCGGAAACGCGUCGCAUAGGAAGGUGGAAUCCGCGCCCGCGGCAAGCACCGGUAACGGGAAUCACGGCGUGAACGUCACUGCCUCCUCCAUCGCCGCCGUCAUCUCCAAGAGCGAGCCGGAUCAUCACAACUCUCACACGCAGUUCUUCCCGAUCGAGAACCUCGCCAAGAUAUUGUCGCAUCUCGCUCACCAAGAGGCACAUGUUAAUGGCAUUACCAAAUCUAUAUUUGAAAAGUACUUAUUUCCUACUCAUCCUGAGUUAAGCGAGAGACUCUUCACUUAUCUACACCAUAAUGCUCAUGCCACAACUGCGUAUAUAAGUACAACAGCUUUCAAGCAGCAAUCUGAGAAAUUUUUGUCAGUAAUGAACGACCAAGCUAUACUGGAGAAUUAUGUAAAAAUAUAUUCUGAUCUAAAGAAUGGUGGCAAUGUUACUCCCGAAACGCUGCGAGCAUUAUUGACAUCUUGCUAUCAGUUGGCAAUGGAAAGCAACAACACCAGUGCGUGCCUUCAUUCGCAACAGAUAAUAAAUGCAGUUGUCAUUUCAUGUUUUCACGGCAAGACUAGCUUGUCUACGAGUUACGUGAGCAAUUGGAUCGGGCAGCACUGUCCACGCCUUGUGUAUGGCCUACAGCGAUACGUAGUACAUGUGUUAACAACUGCUUAUCGCAAUGGUAAAGCCCUCCUGUCGAAAGAACAGCCGCAGCCUUCCGUAGAUAUACUUACUCCCGUAUUGGAAAAGUCCGAUCAAGAGUUCCCUCAAGUGGACUUGUUGCCAAUAAGUUAUGUCUGGCUGUUGUCGUGUACACUACCGCAAUGUUAUCUCCAGACCAACGAUUCACCGAAGGACAUAACUCACGCUUUGAUAGCCAGAAGAACAGGCAGUAUUUGUCCAAAGCAUUGGACGUUACUGUACAAUAGCGGAGAGCAUGGGACUGGAGCUAAUCGCUUCCUUCACCAUGUAUUAGGUUACAGAGGUCCCACUCUGUUAAUUAUAAGAGCCGCUAACCUAGAGAGGAAUGAGGAAUGUCCGACAUAUUGCGUGUGCUCGGCUGUCGAGUGGCGAGAAAGUCAUCUCUAUUGGGGCGAUGAAGACUCGAUGGGCAUUCAACUGAUUCCAUCCUAUAAAAUCAUGGAGAAAGGUCCAAAAGUACUAUACUUGAACACGAAUAUCAGGGGUUAUCCACAUGGUUUACGAUUCGGUAGCGAUCCUCGUUCACCGCUUAUCAGUAUCGAUGAAUCAUUCCACUCAGUGACUAUCGCCGGCGCGCCUUAUCGCAUUGCCAGUUUAGAAGUCUGGGGUUGUGGCGAUACGAAGCUAAGAGAGAAGCAAUUGGAGAUUAAGAAGUGGCAGGUGAAAGAAGCAGAGAAACAGAGGGUCGUCAAGUUAAGUGCGAGCGAUUGGCUGGAUCAUCCUGAUCGUUACUUACUAGAGUUGGCCGGCAGAGCUUCUUACAACGAAUCUAACAAUUAGAGCCGCGAAAAAAUAAUGUGCGUGCUCAAAUAACUGCUCAUAUUAUUAUUUUAUUAUUUUACUUUGUACAUAUGUAUAUAGCAUCAAAGAUCAGAAUUUCUGUACUUAUGUGGUGUACGAAGAACGUACGUAUGAAAUGUGAUUAUGUGACUUACGAAAUAUAGGGACUUAUGCUUGACGUACUUAAGCACAAGUGCCAGUUUG